AAGACAGCGACCAGCACAGGUCUUUCGUCCUAGAGCACGACAUCAACUUUCAGGAGAUAUACGCAACCAUGACACAUGGCGGCGGGUACCUUUCAAGGCUGCUGAACAAUAUUGGGACAAGCGGAAGUGGAGGAGCCACUGGUGGCACAAGUGGAUCUAACGCGGCAGGCGGAGAAACGCCGAAGAGUAAAGUCGCAACGAAAAGCAAGGAGAAGGAGCUGGAGCAACGUACGACGAAUAAAAGCCACAGUCAAGAAAGGAUAUCACAGGAUAAGAGAGCAGCGCGCAAGCCUCUAAGUCCGACCAAUCUUCCAACAUUACCCUGUGCUUUUCACAAUUUGCGACGUCUGAAUCUAGCGAAUUUUGUGAAGGAAGUGAGACAGAGAGCGACAUCCUCUUCGUCUAGCGGUGGCAAUCCUAGUCUUGCCUCAUCAACAUCUUGUUCACUUCUCUCCUUUCUGCCUGUGGGUGCAUUCCCACACGUUAGCGAGGUCUGUGUAGAAGGGAACGGCCUGCCGACUCUAGAUGGUAUUCAGUACCUUUUUCCGAGUUUGAGACGGCUUGAUGCGUCACACAACC